CACUAGGGAUGAGGAUGGUUUUGGGAACUGGGUACAAGGGAACCACAUAUUGGUCCACGCCCCGCCGUUGGAGGUGCAGGAAUCAAACAAACCGAUGCAGGAAGUAGAUGCCCGAAAUCUAAUCGACGAAGCCCAUUGAGGAAGCUAUAAAAGGGAACGAGUUUUUCUCCAAUUUCAAACUCAGUAGCGUUGAUUGAUUUCAUCAGUAUUGUAAUGGAAGGAACAUGAACAGAAACACGAUCGAUUGAUAGUCUCAUUCGGGGUUAGAAAUGUGACAUUUCCAUGGAUGAAAACCCUAACCCCUCAAUCCCUCGCGCCUCUUCCUCUUCCUCUCAGGAAUUCCUCAAACAAGUCCAAGCUGCCCUAAAGCGCCAUCGCCCUCUCGGUACUACGCAAUCGCAUAACGUGAGGCCGAAGCGCGCCAUGGUGGCUCUACGAAAGGCCACGAACAAGCUCGAGGAGGAUCCGCCGUCGAUCUCCGACACGUGCACCGGCGAAGGCUGCAAAAAUGAGCCCUCUUUGCUGCUGGAAUCUCUGAGUGUUGGUGCACACAACAAGGUUCAGUUUUUAACUGAGAUCAACAAUGCCACUGCACAGCCGCAGGAUGAAGCAUCGAUUGGAUUCAAUCAACAUGAGAAGCACCAAAAUAUGCAGCAGGCAGAAUCUGAAACUAGCUUGGUAUCUGAGGGAGGCAAGACUUCUAUGCUGCCAAAAAGAACAAUAGUUACUCAAGAUCAUCUGCAGCAAUUCAAAAACUUUUUGAGGCAACCAGCUACACAAUCUUCUGUAGUGGGAUUGCCAUGUCCUACAACUACGUCAGUCCAUUCAACUUCAGCUCCAAUGCUGAAUUCUAUAACUCAUUCGAAUUCCUGUAUAGAUAGUGGUUCACAUGUGGCUGCAGAACCUUAUGGGAACCUGAAUGUUAAUUCUCGUCCUAUAAUUCAAGGGUAUGUUAAAUCACCAAAUAUUUCUCUGAAAGACACCAAUAGAAUGUCAAUUGAUCAGGUGGCAAGUGCAGUCCAAGAUUGUAAUUCACCAAUUGAUGCAGAGUUGACGUUUAAGCAGAGUGACCCAUCUAAGGAGCAGCAAGGAUGUAUGUUAAAGGAUACAAGUAUUUCAAAGUAUACCUCUUGUCAUGAUGACUUGUUAAGUAAAGGGCAAGAGUCUGCAGCUGUUACCAACAUACAGCCUCAGGUUCUCACUUCAUCUUCAGAUUUGAAAUUGGAGUCUUCUAAGUUAGAAAAGCAAGAGAAAAAUACAAGUUCUAAAGCAUCAUCAGGCAUUCGAAAGAGGGCCUAUGACCCUGAAUUGUUUUUCAAAGUCAGUGGCAAGCUUUAUCAAAGGCUUGGCAAGAUAGGUAGUGGUGGAAGCAGUGAGGUACACAAAGUGAUUUCAUCAGACUGUACAAUCUAUGCACUUAAAAAGAUAAAAUUAAAGGGUCGUGAUUAUGCCACUGCAUAUGGCUUUUGUCAAGAGAUCGAGUAUCUAAAUAGGCUGAAAGGAAAGAAUAAUAUUAUCCAGCUUAUAGAUUAUGAGGUGACUGACAAGGCUUUGUUUGAGGGAGUCAUAAAUGGCUCCUUCAGUAAUAAGGAUGGUAGAGUCAAGGAUGAUGGAUAUAUAUACAUGGUACUUGAAUACGGGGAAAUCGAUUUGGCUCAUAUGUUGUCUCAAAAGUGGAGGGAACUGAAUGGAAGCAACCAGACCAUAGAUGAGAACUGGCUUCGAUUUUAUUGGCAGCAAAUUCUUCAAGCUGUCAACACAAUUCAUGAAGAACGUAUUGUGCAUUCUGACUUGAAGCCAGCUAACUUCCUCCUUGUCAAAGGUUCCUUAAAACUGAUUGAUUUUGGAAUAGCCAAAGCAAUCAUGAGUGAUACAACAAACAUACAACGCGAUUCACAGGUAUUGCAUACUUCUAUCCUUAGUUAUCAAUCUCAGGUAGCAUCGUGUAGCAGGAAGCAGGAUGGCUGCUGUUUUAAAUAUUGUAAUUCAAACUAAAUAAUUUGUACUACACCAUCAGUCUUGGAGCAAUAAGGACAUUGUAAUGAAGUCAAAAAAAUGAAAGAUGGUGGUGGAAUUAAUAGAAAACAACAUAAAUUAGAAAAAAAAAUUAGCAGAAUGUGAACUGGGAAGUCUAAAGGAAGAAAGAGUGGUAGACAGGGAAAAAAAUAGGCUUGUGAAGUGUGAAGGAACCAUUGUCAAAACAGAGGUAUCUUUUGGUGGAAUGGACAAGGAUGAAAGGUUUCAAAUCCUGUAAUGUUUUUGAAGCAAAAAGUGCAUUAGAAAAUGGGUGAAAAAUCACAAUUUUACCCAAAAAACCCUAAACAACAGUGUUCAAGGGGGGGGGGGGGGGGGUUGUAACCUAUAUCAUGAUAGUGCUGCUACUGCAUGUGAAAGCUCCAUUUUAGAUGUACUGAAAACUGCUCUGCUACUCUGUUAUACUGCACUAUUGGCUACUAUGUUUUUAACUCUUUUCUCUCUCAGCUUUGUUCAGUUGUAGAAAAUACUAUAAUUGAAAUGCAUAUCUUUCACACUUUGUCAUUGUGGCUCGAUGUGCUGUCAUUUCUUUAGGUUACUCACCGAAAUUAUUAUCCAAAUUUGGAAAGUACAACAAUGCCUGAUUGAAGCAUCUCUUGCAUUGUUAAUUUGUUAUCACAAUGUAUACUAGUGAGUUACAUACUAACUAUUAGUUAAU